AUCCCAAAUCCAUCUCACCCCCUAAUCAUUUUGAAGGGAAACCCAAAAUCCCUGAGUGCGCAACUCUCAUUCUUCGAUUCUUCUCCGUCUCUGUUCCCGGCGUUCGGCGAUCAAGGGCGAGCAUCGAAGGAAAAAACCCCAAAUCCUCCCCUUGCUCCCUUCCUCUUCUCUGCUUCUCUUCCCAUCGAGGGCGAUUGCAGCGGCGGGAGGCCAUUUACAGCGGCCUUGUCUUCUUCUCCUUCUCUGUUCGACAAUCGAGUGAUUGGAAAUUAUAAUGGCCGGAGUAAUAAAGAAAUUUUUCGUUGCAUCACUGUUUAUGUGGGUGGCUCCAAUUGCAAUUUUAUAUGGUUUUAACCAUCAAAUGGUUCCUGGUUCAACUCAAUUAUCUUCCUAUUCACUAACUUUGCUCAGUGGAUUCCUUGCUGUCAUAUCUGUCAAUGUGGUCAUAGCAUUAUACAUUUGCAUGGCAAUGAAAGAGCCUUCAGAUAGGCAUGAACCAGAUUCUGCUUUCCUUGCAGAGGCCAAAGCCAGUAUUAGCCAAUCUACUCCAUGUGAAAGUGAAAAUGCUUCCGAAGCCCGAGAAAAACAGGAGUAGGAAAUGUUAACGCAGUCUUCCUUUCUCCAACUAACCAGCCAAGUUCAAUAGCUCGUUCACAACAAUUUUGGAGGGCAUUGAUCUUCAAACUAUACAAAAUGGUUAAGGUAACUAGUACCAUGCUUAACUUGGUUCACUAGUUUGGUCCCUGUUCACUGUAUUUUUCAUAUUUUUAAGGGGUGUGUUGUAAUCUGUAAGGUGGCUGAAGAAGUUCAAACCUGAUAUUUCAAUCCAGAUUUGGUAAGUGACCCCCAUAAGGUUGGCCCCAUUGCAGGGCCUCCUUAUAUUAUGGAUUCAAGCAAGUUGUUGACACAUUACUACUGUGGUCUGAACACAAUUGUCACCUGUCCAGUUGGAUCAGUUCCUUUUCA